ACUGCUGUGUCACUCUGUGAACUCUGUGUUCAGAACGUAUUGUGGAUAUAGGUUGGAAUUACUGUCUGGUUUUGGCUGAGGAUGCAUCAUUCAGUCUCUGUCACCUUGUUGUUGCUGUUGUUCACUUUGACGGUAGGAGAGGGAGGUAAAAUACUCGUGGUUCCAGUUGAUGGCAGUCACUGGAUAAAUAUGAAAGUCCUCAUUGAAGAGCUGCACGCCAGAGGACACCAAAUGACAGUGGUGCGAGCCUCUAACAGCUGGUAUAUCAAGGAGACAUCUCCCCUCUAUACUUCCAUUACCAUCCCAACCACAGGUGGAUUUGAUGAGGAUUUUUUUGGCCCUUUAGUGAGCAGUCUUCUGAAGCACAUGAGAGAAGAUUAUACUGGGUGGGGUCGCUUUAUGUUAGAACUUCAAGUUGUUGACAAGUUUGCUGAGUUUCACCGAGAUAUGAUCAAUAUGAUGACCACUGUGUUUGAAGAUGAAGCAUUAAUGACUUCCCUCCAGGACGCAAAAUAUGAUAUGGUUCUGACAGAUCCUGCAACUGGAAUUGGUGGUCUACUGGGACAUCGUCUUGGCCUCCCAAUGGUGUUUAAUGUCCGUUGGACGAUCCAUGGAGAUGGCCACUCUGCCAUUGCCCCCUCUCCUCUCUCCUAUGUACCUGUCCCAGGAGCAGAGCUGACAGACAAAAUGACAUUCUUCCAGAGAGUCAAAAAUUUCUUGACCUAUGUUUUUGCUCAAUACCAGAUAUAUCGCAUCAUCACACCCAUCUACCCAGCUUUCUGUCAACGAUUCUUUGGCCCUGAUGUAGACUACUUCUCACUGUUCCAGGAUGCUGACAUCUGGCUCAUGAGAAAUGACUUUACCUUUGAAUUCCCACGCCCAACGAUGCCCAAUGUGGUCUACAUGGGUGGCUUCCAGUGCAAACCCUCCAAGCCUCUUCCUGCUGAUCUGGAAGAAUUUGUCCAGAGCUCAGGGGAGCACGGUGUCAUCAUUAUGUCUCUUGGCACCCUGAUCAGUGAUCUCCCCAAUGAUGUUGCUGAUGAAAUAGCUGCAGCUUUUGCCCAACUGCCCCAGAAAGUCAUCUGGAGACAUACAGGACGCCGGCCUGCUACUCUUGGUAACAACACUUUACUGGUGGACUGGUUGCCCCAGAAUGACUUGUUGGGACACCCAAAGACCAAAGUAUUUGUGCCUCACGGGGGCACCAAUGGAGUCCAGGAGGCCAUAUACCAUGGUGUGCCAAUAGUAGGUCUCCCCUUAGUCUUUGAUCAGCCUGAUAACCUCUCCAGAAUGAGUGCAAAGGGAACUGCUAAGAUUGUGAAUAUAGCAACUCUGGACAGGACUGUGUUUCUGGAGGCCUUGAAGGAGGUCCUGUAUGAGCCAUCUUACAGAGAGAACAUGCAGAGGCUGUCAAGACUGCAUAGAGACCAACCAAUGAAACCUCUUGACCAUGCAAUAUUCUGGAUAGAGUAUGUCAUGAGGAACAGAGGGGCCCCUCACCUGCGCACACAAUCGUUCAGAAUGUCCUGGAUGGCUUACCAUUCUGUAGAUGUUAUACUGACUCUCCUGGCUGUUGUGUUGAUAAUAUCACUGACAACUUUUCAUCUAAUCAAAUUCUUAUGCAAAAGAAUUGUACUGAAAAUGAAAAUCAAACGUGAAUAGUAAAAUAAUAUUUUACACCA